AUGUUUGCACGCCUCAAGUCCGAAAGCGACGUCAAAUCGAAAGAACACAACGACACAGCCGCCAAUGGAAUCGCCAACGGCAAUGCGGUAGCGCAGCCAAGUCGCGAGCCGGAGCGCUAUCAGAGCUCUGCUCCGAUGCUCACGUCCGCCGCAGAACGGAGGGACUUGGCAGACAGCGCGCGAGUGCCUGUGCCUGGGGUCAACGGAAACGCUCGCCAGCCUACCAGUCAUCAGCGGAGAUUCAGCCAGCCGCCCCCCGAGUCGGUGCAGCGAUCCCAUUCGCUGUCCCCCGCCAGUCAACAUCGCCACAUGGACAUCUUCACGGGCUCCCAAUUAGGCGACAGCUUUAUGAAUUCUGGCCUAACCACGCCGCUGUACGAGCCAUCCGAAGCCGACCACGAACCGCUACCCGACAGGAAGAACGCUGCUGUUGCUGCUCCUGCGCCCGCUCCUGCCAUCAUGGGACCUGCCACCACCAGACCAGCGGCCCCUCGCUACAACUUUGACAAGAGGUUUCUCACCAGCGACAAUGCCACCUUUCAAAUUGGGGAGGAUCUCCUUAUGCGGGUGGUCCCGGGGACCAGGAAUCACAACCCUACCUAUAUGAAUGAUGGCUUUAACAGAGCUGUCGUCAAUGGGUACAACAAGCCAGCGGGGCACUACCGAACGAGCUACACUCGGCCAGAACCGAUGCCGGAGAAGCCACCCAACUUGCCCGUGCGCGAGGUAAAGAUACGGCCCAUGUCAAAGCCGAGGCAGAUGGAGUACGAUCUUGGACAGAAGAGGAGCUCGUCCCCUGCCUUUGCGAGCAGAGGGCGGCCAAUGAGAGGUAAAGAGGACGAUGUACGCCCUAUGAGCAGGUUCCGCGAGAUUGAAGAGGUAGAAGAAGAAGAUAGGAGGCAAGGGGGGUUUGACGAGGAGGAGGAUGGGGAUUUCGACGAUGGUACUUCUACCGUGGGCGGCCACCAAGAUGGCCAUGCGACCCCGAGAUUAAGACGGCAUCCCAUGUCACCACAGCGAGCUCUGGAGAGCGCCAUAGCCAACACCAUGCAGCCGUUUCGGCCAUCUGCGCCAAAGGGCAAUAAACGCAGACGGGAGAGCCUCGACUACGACGACAUGGCUCUGAGCAGCAUGAGCUAUACCGAGCUCCAGAAAGAGCCUUUUGACUUUGAUCCAUCCAAGGCGCCAACGCACGUCGGCUCGGGCGGCGCUGCGGGCUCUGCAGACACGCUCAGCGCGAAGCUGGAGCAGUACCAACACCAGAGCGAAAAGGAGCAGCGCGCCCUAUUUCGAAACAUGAACGUGGACGACUGGGAAGAGGCGGGAGACUGGUUUGCCGACCAAUUCCACGAGAUCAUGCACAAGCUGCGCGAGGCCAGGCGGAACAAGCGCCGGAUGAUACAAGAGUUUGAGAACGAGGCGGCCGAUCGGGAGGCGGCAGUACGGCUGCGAACGGAGGCGAUUGAGCGGAAGCUGGCCAAGAUGAAGCAAGACGGCCAACGUGUGGUGACUCCGAAUGAGGCGGCGGCUGGCAGUGGCCGUUGA